AGCAAUCCACUUACGACAAGGGGCCAAGCCUGCUGAUCUUUGAUAACGACGCCGACAAGCAGGAAGCGAUGGGAGUACUGUGCGUGUACGGUGUGUGAGGAAGACUCGUUCCUUACUGUGGAAUAAUGCCACUGGAACAAAGCUGACAGGUUUAGAGGGAGUGCUGUUGAUGAUUUUACUUGGAAAACCAGAAAAGAAGAUGUUGGGAAAUUCUCGUCCCUUUUCUUACUCCCCACGGGGUUUCCCGGCAGAAGAGCCCUCUCAGUCGAUGUGGGCUUUCCAACAAGAUGACUCCAGGGGGUCCUCACCUCAGAGCUCUCAGAGAAAUUUGUCCCGACUGAGUGCCAAAUCCAUAUACAUGCGGAGAAAGGAGUACUCUGAGGUGCUGACCAGGCAGUCCGACAACCUUAACGUCAGAGUAGAGCACCUGCUCACCUGCGAGCUGGACGGCCAGCAGCUGACCACAGUGGACGAAUGCGUGGCCAAGCUCCAGAGGCUGAACGCCAAAGGUCGUCUGUGGCCUCAGGAGAUGAUCAUGGAGGCCCAAGGAGGCUACCUGCUGCUCCUGGACAUUGAGAGCAAAGCAGAGCUGGAGGCCCUUUCGCUGAUGAACAUCCAGCAGACCAAAGCUGUAUUGGACAGCUGCGCUUACGACUCCCUGCUGCUGGUCACCGUCAGGGAACGCAGCAAGCGCUUCCCCCAGGUCUUCAUUUUCCAGUGUGAGGAGACUGGGGCGGAUCUCCUCAAGAGCGACCUAGAUAAGUUUGUCCAAAGGGUAAGCGGUCCUGUGGAACCACGCAGAGAGCAGGCAGUCAUUAGGAGUAACCUUGAGAACAUCAUCGGCCUUCAAGCUCCUGGAAGCUUCCAGCAGCCUGGACCUCGUCUUGUGCAAGAGAGAAGCGCACCACUGCCGCCGUGGGCUGACAGAGAACCUGGAAGCUCCUACCAUGCCGCACCUCGUGUCGCGCAGAGAGAAAGAACGCCGCCGCCGCCAGAGCGACCCCUCUCACAGUGGACCCACAGAGAACCUGACAUUCUUCCUCCUCCUCGUUUUGACGCCCCACAAGAGGAAGCCGGGUACCAACGUGAUCUGGGUGGACCCCCCAGCAGUCCAAAUGUUGCCGAGAUGACAGAUGUUGACAGGAACACGGAGAUUCUAAACCACGUUUUGAAUGAUCUGGAGAUUUUCAUGGGCAAAGUAUUUGCUGCGACGACUCCCACUAUCCCGCAGGUCGAAAAAAGCAAAAAGAAAAAACCCCAAAGCCCAGCUGCCCAUCUGCCCCCACCUCAGGAAUUUUUAUCCUGUCUUCAGAAAAUUAAAUAUGGAUUAAAUCUGUUGAGUCAACUUGAUGGCUCACUGGUCAACACCAGCGCUCCUGAAUAUGUCCACUACCUCUUCAACAGUUUAGCAACAAUUCUGCCUCGCUACCAUUCCCACCUGCCCCCGACCGUGCUCUCCCCGCUGCUGACGGAGGCAACUCUGCGGCUGCUCAGGCAGGCGGUCAGCCCGGAGGAGGACCGGCUCUGGAGGUCUCUGGGAGACAGCUGGAACAUCCCCAGGUCUCGAUGGCCCGAUGAUGAUGUCCCGCCUUACAUCCCAGAGUUCUACGACGGUUGGCGGCCGCCUGCCCCUCUGACCAAGCCCGCCCAACUCCCUGAUCAGAACGGCCAGGUGAGCAGGAGCAGCAGCCAGCGCUUACCACCGGGACGACCCGACGGCCGCGCCAAGGAAGGUCGCGACCACAUGCGGGUCAUUUACGACUUCAUGGCUCGCAACAACAGGGAGCUCACUGUUAUGAAGGGUGAAGUGGUUGAGGUGGUUCAGACGUCCAAGCAAUGGUGGCUUGUGCGCAACAACCGUGCGGUGGAAGGCAACAUUCCUCAGAAUGUUCUGGAGCCCUUGAGGAGCAGCUUGCCAGUGGAGGAAAUGCGCCCGCGUCAUGGCCCCCCGACUCUCGACAUGGUCUCCUCGCCUGCAGAGGUCAGAGCAUGGCUGCAGUACAAAGGCUUCUCCAAAAUCACCGUGGCCAGCCUCGGGGUGCUAACUGGGAAAAUGCUGCUGCAGAUGGGAAAGGAUGAGAUGAGGACUGUGUGUCCAGAAGAAGGAGCAAAGGUCUUCUUCCAGCUUCAGGCCAUUAAAUCAGCUAUUGCACUUGCCAGUGAACCAUCUGGCUCAUAUGAUGCCCCCUACUAAUGACCAAGUCUCAGCUUUUUUCUUAAUAUUCAUCCACUGAUCAACAUCUAGAUUUUUGUGUAAUCUUUUUUGUCAUCAAUCCUGUGUGGAACAUGAUUG